AUGAUGGAGUUUCAGCAAAGAGAGUUCGCAUUGUGGCAGUUUGAUCUACACAACGCGUUGUGUCAUAAUGUCUCCGCCUUCUCCUCCUUCACCACCUACAAAUCAUCGGAAUUCCCCUCAUCAUUCGACUCUGAUUCCUCAAACUCCAUCCCAAAAAUCUGUGGUUCUCGAAAGAACCGAGAGAAGAUAAAUGAUAAGAAGCAGAGAAGAAACCGUACUACAUUCACUACGUAUCAGCUACAUGCCCUCGAAGCGGCGUUCGAUAAAUCUCACUAUCCGGAUGUUUACGCGAGAGAAACAUUGGCUUCGAAAGUCAGUCUUCCGGAGGUUCGAGUUCAGGUAUGGUUCCAAAACCGUCGAGCGAAAUUUCGCCGUCAAGAAAAGCAGGAUUCGCAAGGAGAGGAGAAACCAUCGUUGAAAGAUUCAAUGCCUUCAUGGUCGUGGAUGAGUGAGAAUAAGACUGAAACUCCGCCAAUGUUACCGUCCGCAAAUUCACUGACUCAUAAUAAUGGAAAUGGUUCCACGGAAGAAUUUUUCAAGAAUAUCGAGCCGAAGGAGGUUUAUGGAUUCCCAUUCACCGAUUCUUACUCCGAUUCUUCCUCUCAACACAUCACCAAGAAUGGAAACGUUUUUCAUGUCAACUUUGAUGACAGUGAGAAGAAAUCUGUGAAGAAGGAAUCCCCACCAACUCCAUCUUCCAAUUCUCCGUUCAUUUCCGAGUAUCCACACCCUCCAUUCCUUCCAUACUACCUUCCAAACCAAUCAUUCCCUAAUGCAUUCAAUCAAUAUUCCAUGCCAUUCCCCUACCCAAUUCACUUUGAAACUCCACAAAUUCCUCAGGAGAAUUGUUAG